GAAUUCGGUGUGCGGCAUUUGGCCGCAAUCCUCGCAUAGAUCUUUACCAGAUCGUGGCAUAAACACAGACCCCGUCCCACAUCCACCAUCCAUCGUCCAGCAAGAUGCACACUCUGUUCAGCGAUCAGAACUCCUUCUCCCGGCACUACGCUCAGACGGCCGCCGGCUAUAGUUCGGCCUCUGCGGUGGCGGCGGCAAGCAGUGCCUCAGCGGCGGCAGCCGCUCAUUACGCCUACGACCAGUACUCCCGGUACCCGUACUCGGCCAGUGCCUACGGCUUGGGGGCGCCGCACCAGAACAAGGAGAUCGUGAAGCCCCCAUACUCCUACAUCGCUCUCAUUGCGAUGGCCAUCCAGAAUGCGGCGGACAAGAAGGUGACGCUGAAUGGCAUCUAUCAGUACAUCAUGGAGCGGUUUCCCUACUAUCGGGACAAUAAGCAGGGCUGGCAGAACUCCAUCCGGCACAAUCUCAGCCUCAACGAGUGCUUCGUAAAGGUGGCCCGCGACGACAAAAAGCCAGGCAAGGGCUCCUACUGGACCCUGGAUCCGGACUCCUACAACAUGUUCGACAACGGAUCGUUCCUGCGGCGGAGGCGUCGCUUCAAGAAGAAGGACGUCAUGCGGGAGAAGGAGGAGGCCAUCAAACGGCAGGCGAUGAUGAACGAAAAGCUGGCCGAGAUGAAGCCAUUGAAGCUGAUGACCAACGGCAUCCUGGAGGCCAAGCACAUGGCCGCCCAUGCGGCCCACUUCAAGAAGGAGCCGCUCAUGGAUCUGGGCUGUCUCAGCGGCAAGGAUGUUUCCCAUGCGGCAAUGCUCAACUCCUGCCACGACAGCCUCGCCCAGAUGAACCAUCUCGCUGGGGGCGUAGAACAUGCUGGCUUCACAGUGGACUCCCUGAUGAAUGUCUACAAUCCGCGGAUUCAUCACAGCGCCUAUCCGUACCACUUGAACGACGACAAUCUGGCGUCGGUGGCCAGCAGUCAGAUGCAUCACGUGCACCAUGCGGCGGCCGCCCAUCAUGUCCAGCAGCUGCGCCAUGUGGGUCACGUUUCGCAUCCCCUCACGCCCGGCGGCCAUGGAGGCGGCGGUGGAGCGGGCGGGGGACACAACAGUGGUAUUCAAUCCUCGGGACAUUCGCCCACCACGAUCUCAACGCCGCAUGGACCGGCCCAUGGGGGAUGGUACACCCCGGAGACGCCGCCCUCGGAGCCCAUUCCCAACGGCGGGGGCGGUCAGCAAGGCACGCCCACACACCCCGGCCAUCCCAACACCAACCCCAACAGCAACAACAACAACAACUCGAGUGUCCACAACAACAACCACAGUCAUAGUCACAGCCACAGCCACAACGGAGGUGGCGCCUCCUCGGUUCUGACGAGCAGUCCGAGUUCCGCCUUGGGUUUCCGCGAUAUGAUCUUCGAGCAGAACCAAUCCUGCCAGCUGGACACUGGGAGUCCCACAGGGAGCCUCCAGUCUGCGAGUCCCCCCGCCUCGGCGAGUGUGGCAGCAGCCUCUGCAGCGGCCGCAGCGGCAGUGAUCAGCAGCCACCACCACCAUCAUCACCAUCAUGCGCUGAGCGGCAAUCUGGGGCAGCUGGGGCAGCUGAGCAACCUGAGUCACUAUCGGCCCCACAUGGGGCACUAUCAGGAGUACGGCAUCAAGUAUGGCGUCUAAGAAAUGGGAGAGGCAUAUGUGGAUGUGUGGCAUACUCCAAAGUCUAGCUGUUAUCUCUUGUAUAUUCGUGUAAAUAUAUUUCCAAGAACGAUCCGCAGCUCUAGAAUGUAUCUCAGUAUCGA